GGGGGGAUAAGGGGUGGAGGAGGAGGGACAGGAUAAUGAGCUAUUCUUGUACCAGCGCAGGCAACAGCCAGGACGCACCGAGCUGUAAUAAAACGUGCGGCGGCGGCGUUAAUCCCGCCAGUCGCAGCGGCACCGGACACGUCGAUCCCAGUCCCAGCGACGGCGACUCGAGCUCGAACCUUGAACCAAAGGAGGCCAUGAAAGUCAAAAAGGGCUGCAACACCACGGACGUGGGAGUCCCCGUCACCACCGAGGACGAACUGCUGGCCAACACCAUCAUCACCCCGGAGGACGUGCUGGGACUGCAGAAGAUCACGGAAAAUUACUUGUGCAGUCCAGAAGACAACGUAUACAACAUUGACUUCACACGGUUUAAGAUAAGGGACAUGGAGACAGGGACGGUGCUGUUUGAGAUAACAAAGCCUCCAGUAAUGGACAAAGGUGGAGAGAAACGAGACGUUGACCCCAGCGCUGGAAGAUUCGUUCGAUACCAGUUCACUCCAGCAUUUCUACGCCUGCGUCAGGUUGGAGCCACUGUCGAGUUCACCGUGGGUGACAUUCCCAUCAAUAACUUUCGCAUGAUCGAGAGGCAUUACUUCCGUGAUCAGCUGCUGAAGAGCUUCGACUUCGAGUUCGGCUUCUGCAUCCCGAGCAGCAAGAACACCUGCGAGCACAUCUACGAGUUCCCGCCGCUCUCGGAGGAGAUCAUGCGUGAGAUGAUCCUGCACCCUUACGAGACGCAGUCCGACAGCUUCUACUUUGUGGACAACAAGCUAGUCAUGCAUAACAAAGCAGACUACUCUUACAGCGGAGGUCCCUAAGACGGCAGCUAUUAAUGAAGCCGACCCGGACGCUUCGGCGGUUUGGCUGACCAAAAGCCCGGCCCAAGUGCGUCUGUGUGCACCGAUGACGCUCUCCCUGAAUUUGUGUCAUUGACGUGGUGAUGCCUGUCUGUGUGAGACCUGUGAUUAGAUGACCAUGACCUUUCACACCUACUGUAUAUACAUAUCAUAAAUGUCUUUAAAGAUUUUUUUGUACAACACACCAGCAAAAAAUAUGAAUUAUUUGGUAAUUAUUUAGAUAUUAGUAUUAAAUAUCUUUUAUUUAAAUGGUGGAUUUAAAUUCUACGGUUAGUUAUACGACCAAAUAUGGCAAAUACGGCGCAGGGUGGCGAAGGUUAUGAUUAGGGCUAUAUGUGUUACUGCUCCACUGUGUGUGUGUGUGUGUGUGUGUGUGUGUGUGUGUGUGUGUG